AUGGAGAAAGACCUGUCGACAACCCUUCAAGCCGGUUCCCUAGGCGUACUAGGUGCUAUAGGAUCGUGCUCGAAUGCGUUUAUACUUCUACUUUUUUACAAGAAGCGAAGUGUCAGGACAUUCUCGAACAGAUUCGUCCUCAGCCUAGCUGUUACCCAUUUCUUGCAAUGUUUUCUACUCACACCCCCCGUCAUUGCUGCCAUAAAGGGAUACACAUUCAACGCUGCCCUCUAUAAAAUUACCUCAUCAUUGACCAUGGCCCUCAACCUGGCAUCGUCUCUCUCAGUCCUGCUCAUAGCCAUCGAUCGUAACUGCGCAGUCAACAAUCCGCUGCAUUACACUGUCACCAUCACCAAGAAGCGAACAGGCUUCCUCAUCAGCAUGGUGUGGGUCGCAUCGUUCCUUCUUUCUCUGCCGCUACUGACUGGUGUUCCAGAGGUUGCGCAUGAUCCAACAGGCGACAUCCACGAUUGGAACGCAUGGAAGGUCAUGCACGUCGUUUAUAUCUUCCUAGUCAGUGCCAUCGGGUUCCUCAUUCCUUUCGGCUGCGUUUCCUGUCUCUACUUCAUCAUGGUUCGUGCUGCCAAGACCAACAACGCCAAAAACAGGAGAAGCAGUUCCAACAGCAGCUCUUCCAGCGAAGUGGUGGUGAACUUCAAACCCCAGAGGAAGACUGGCACCAAUGAGUACAGUCUCAGGAGGAACUAUUCCGCCGAACGGGGUGAGGCAAGUCAAGGCAACUGCUGUUUCGCCAGUAAGCACAAAGCGACUAUUACCGGACUUCUUGUGGUGUGUUCCUUCGUUUUGUGCUGGUCGCCAUAUUACAUUUCGCUCAUUCUUAAACAAUUCGUCCAAUUUCCUUCCCUGGCAAAAUAUUUGACGAGCGUCACGACUUUCUUGGCGUGUGUGCUCGACCCGUACGUGUACUUCUAUAGGAAUAAAAACAGUUUCAAACAGGCCAAGAAGAUGAUUCUUCGUCUGUUCUGUCGAAACCAGGAACUUGUCGUGAAACGAAUCGCUCACAGGCAGCAGAGAGCUGUUUCCCCAGACGGAGUAUUUCGUCUGCCCUCGUCGUUUUCACGGACUGAGCUGUCUGCUCCACUGCCGCUAAUUUCCAAUUCAACUUUCGAACUCCUCCCACGAAGCGCUGUCACCGCGAUGUCGUCGAGUUCCUGGGACAAAAAUCUGGAUAAGUACUGCGCGGAUCCGGCCAAGUUGCUCAUUCAUCAGGACUCUUCAUCCAGUAACGACAGCAGUGAUGCGUGCACAUCGACGGCCAGACUAGGUAGUGUGUUGAGCAUUGACGAUGCGACUUCGGUUUAUUACCUACAAUUCCAUCAAAGGUCAAUUGAAGAUGCAACAAUCGAAAUUCCUCUUGAUCAAGAGGACGAAGACUGA